UCAAAGAGAGAAGAAGAAGAAGAAGAAGAAGACGAAGAAGAAAGACAAGAAGAAAAAGAAGAAGGAAUGUUCUGCCCGAGGGAUUUCACUGUUUUCAUCUCCUGCGUGGUCCUCUUCAUCGUCGUCCAGUCCAGUCAUGGUUCAGAGAUUAUUGACGGGAAAGAAGUGAAGCCCCACUCGCUGCCUUUCAUGGCUCUGAUGGAGACCCCGAUGGAGAAUGAGAUCUGUGGGGGGGUACUGAUCCACCCAUCAUGGGUCCUGACUGCUGCCCACUGUGCCGCCGCUAAGGUGUUUCUUGGAGUGCACUCAGAAAAGGAAAAAGAGUCCAGCCAGGUCCGCGUUGUUAAGAAGAAAGUUCUUCACCCUUGCUAUGAUCCAACAGAUAAGGUCAACGACCUCAUGCUAGUCAAGCUCAACAAACCGGUUAAACAAACCACGAUGGUGAAAUGGCUCCGGUUGGGCAACACCGCCAAAGACCCGGCGGCCGGCACCAGCUGUCUGGUGGCUGGAUGGGGAAAAACAAACAACGUUGCCCGGAAGAUGUCGGACGUCCUGAAGUCCGUCAACGUGACCGUGAUCGACCGAGUGAAGUGCAACUCCCCAAAGUAUUACAACUUUCGUCCGAUCAUCACCAGAGACAUGAUAUGUGCCGGUUCCAACGGCCAAAACCACGCCGACACCUGUCAGGGGGAUUCGGGAGGCCCACUGCUGUGCGGUGGAGCGCUAGUCGGCGUCACGUCUUUUGGAAUUGGGUGUGGCGUGAUUGAUAAGCCUGGAGUGUACUCUUUCCUGUCAGAAAAACAGCUCGUCUGGAUCAAAAAGACCACGAACAAGUCUGAAAUAUAACGAGACUCUGCUUGUUUAACAAUAAUUCUGACCUUAAAUGUCUAAAAGUAAAAUGUCUAUCUUUGCUGUUAUUUUAUAUGUACAUUCACUUUAUCCUACAUUUGAUAUACGAAAGGGAUUUACAUUGCAGGGAUUUUUUUUUUCUAAAGCUGUAGACCAAAGAGCCAUCUCUUCUACACUAAAGUGAAAUUUUUCAAGCCGUCAACCAGAGAUUUACCACUUCCAGCAUCAGAAGCGUGAUUUGACUAUGAGGCUUUGGAAUCAACUCUUGUGGAACGAUUCUGUUCUAAAGGUUAAUUCACGGGCAGGUGAAUUAUUAUUCCCCCAUUAUUAAUCCAUAUUCUAACAAAUACGGCUUGAUAAACAACCAAACCAAUGCCUUGUUGCAGAGCCACCAAUAUAUGUUGUUAUUGUGUCGCUACUGUAAACUCUUAUUUUCACGCGUUCAUUGUUUUGCAG